AUGCUAUGUAUUCCGAAACUUAUCGGCUCACGGAGUGAGGAUGCUAUCGCAUCUGAAGAAACGAUUAUUCCUGAUCCCUCACCUGAAAUAGAACAUAGCCCGACGAAAUCUGAAUCUUUAACGGAACUUGAAGAAUCAGAGAUUCGAUGCUCGGAAUCACCCUCUGCAACCUCUUUACCGCAAGAUGAUACGUCUAAACAAAUGUCAGAAAACGCAUCUGAUAUAUCUGAUAUCGCUUCAAAUUCCGGUGUAUGUCAUAAGUUGAAGACUCGUAAAUCAUUGAAAGAUAAGGUGAUCGAUGAAUUCCUGGAAGAUGUGCAUAAGAAAAAAAUUAGUGAUGAGAUCCGGCAGAGAAAGCAUGAAGAGAAGCUUCGAGAUCAAGACCUAUCUUCGGUUAGCCAUAAGAAAAAGGGAACAGAUAAACUCCGGCAAGAAUUGUUCAAUACUUCUUUAGAGCCGAGUUCACAAGAUCACUCUAUAUCAAAAAAUAUUAAACCAGGACAGAUCGAAAUUUCCGAGACGGCCCGUCCCAAAAAAUUAGAUAGCGUGGAUGGUUCUGCGAAGUGUAUUGUUAAUUCAUUCGACAUUAAUGAGGUAUCACAACAUUUAGCUCAGUUGUGCUAUACAGCCAUAGGCGCAGAAGAUCGAGCUUCGAAGGCUAAUCAGGAAGAAAUCAUGUGCUGGUCUCUUUAUGGUAGGGAUUUUGAAUUUCAAGUUGAGAGCCAAAUCUCUAAUUCUCCUUCGCUUGAAAUCACACCUGAAGUAUCUUCCGAAGAUAAUAUAAUUGAGGUAAGUGAAUCAACGACAAUUUCUACGGAUUCGAAAAAAUUACCGGAAAUGAUUCCAGAAGUAAAGCCUCAAAUCUCCAACUCGUCAACCGAGGUAAGUGCACUAUCUGAAAAGGUUUCAUCAGAAACAAAGGUAAAUAUAAUACCUAUAAAUAAAAAUUCAUCCAAUGAAUCCCGACUUCCAAUUUCUAUAUUACCUAAUGAUCCAGAAGAAAAACGAAAUCUUGUUAUUCAUACCACAUUGGAGCAAUUCAAUAAUUUAUCUUUAAAACGUAGUAAUAAAUAUAGCGAUUGUUAUGAUUAUUCAGGAACAUGUCCAACAUGUAAUGAAGAGCAUCAAGGAUGCGAUGUGGAAGGUCGGUAG